AUGUGCGGCUACCACGAACUACGAACCCCCUGCUGCGGCGAAAAAAUCGGCUUCUCACCCUCCUCUUCCCACAAAUGCUCCCACUACUACACAAACAACCGCUACUGCCGCACUGGCUCCAUCCACAGUUGGAUCCUACCCACACCCCCUCUCACCACAAGCACAAAGUGUGAAAGCUGCAAACAAGACGAAAACCACGAACAAGCCGUUCUUCAAGCCGAGAUCAAGAGACGUGAAAAACAGAUGGAGAAGGAAAGGGAAGAACAAGAAGAGAGGAGACAACAGGAACAAGCUAGGGAGUUGAGAUUGUGGGAUAAGGAAUUGAGGAGGGUGAAGGAGGAGAGGGAGAAGGGGAAUGCGGUUGAGGCUUUGAGGAGUCAGGUUGCUGGCUUGAAGGUCAAGGAUGGAGAAGACAAGGCACCAAGUCGUCGUCUCGGCAUCAACACAACUAAAGCAGAAGGUGCCUUCUAUUCACUUCUUCUUGCGCCGGGCACUCGACGCUCUCGCAUCUACCACAACAUCUCCAUCAACCGCACCUACCACAAUCAAUCCAUCUUAUCCCACGACAUCAAGAACACCAUCAAAAUGUGCACUAGAAGAGUCAGUCGCUACAACACUUGCCCCUACCGCUUCAACAAAACCCUUGAGGAGAAGUUGUGCAUCAAGUGGGGUGUCAUCGCUCCUUGCCCUCCUUGGGAGUGGUUGCUCAUUAACGAACUUCCCCAUGCUGAGCUCUGCCCUUGCGAGCAGUGUGCAGAUGCUGCCGAGCGCCGCUUGGACCAGCAGAGUCCUGCCAUAAAGGCCAAAGAGAAGAACAUCUCCCAGUAA